GGGCUCCCCUCCUCCCCAGCCCGCUCCUCUGGCUCGCUCGCCAACUCCGGGCCCCAGCCGCGGGCGGGCGCACGGCGGGCGGACAGCAUGCUGAGCCUCCUCGUCUGGAUCCUCACUCUCUCCGAUACUUUCUCCCAAGGGACCCAGACCCGCUUCAGCCAGGAGCCGGCUGACCAGACGGUGGUGGCUGGACAGCGGGCCGUGCUCCCCUGUGUGCUGCUCAACUACUCUGGAAUUGUGCAAUGGACCAAGGACGGGCUGGCCCUGGGCAUGGGCCAGGGCCUCAAAGCCUGGCCACGGUACCGGGUUGUGGGCUCCGCAGACGCUGGGCAGUACAACCUGGAGAUCACAGAUGCUGAGCUCUCUGACGACGCCUCUUACGAGUGCCAGGCCACGGAGGCCGCCCUGCGCUCUCGGCGGGCCAAACUCACCGUGCUCAUCCCCCCAGAGGACACCAGGAUUGACGGAGGCCCUGUGAUUCUACUGCAGGCAGGCACCCCCCACAACCUCACAUGCCGGGCCUUCAAUGCGAAGCCUGCUGCCACCAUCAUCUGGUUCCGGGAUGGGACGCAGCAGGAGGGCGCUGUGGCCAGCACGGAAUUGCUGAAGGAUGGGAAGAGGGAGACCACCGUGAGCCAACUGCUUAUUAACCCCACGGACCUGGACAUAGGGCGUGUCUUCACUUGCCGAAGCAUGAACGAAGCCAUCCCUAGUGGCAAGGAGACUUCCAUCGAGCUGGAUGUGCACCACCCUCCUACAGUGACCCUGUCCAUUGAGCCACAGACGGUGCAGGAGGGUGAGCGUGUUGUCUUUACCUGCCAGGCCACAGCCAACCCCGAGAUCUUGGGCUACAGGUGGGCCAAAGGGGGUUUCUUGAUUGAAGACGCCCACGAGAGUCGCUAUGAGACAAAUGUGGAUUAUUCCUUUUUCACGGAGCCUGUGUCUUGUGAGGUUCACAACAAAGUGGGAAGCACCAAUGUCAGCACUUUAGUAAAUGUCCACUUUGCUCCCCGGAUUGUAGUUGACCCCAAACCCACAACCACAGACAUUGGCUCUGAUGUGACCCUUACCUGUGUCUGGGUUGGGAAUCCCCCCCUCACUCUCACCUGGACCAAAAAGGACUCAAAUAUGGGGCCCAGGCCUCCUGGCUCCCCACCCGAGGCUGCUCUCUCUGCCCAGGUCCUGAGUAACAGCAACCAGCUGCUGCUGAAGUCGGUGACUCAGGCAGACGCUGGCACCUACACCUGCCGGGCCAUCGUGCCUCGAAUCGGAGUGGCUGAGCGGGAGGUGCCGCUCUAUGUGAACGGGCCCCCCAUCAUCUCCAGUGAGGCAGUGCAGUAUGCUGUGAGGGGUGACGGUGGCAAGGUGGAGUGUUUCAUUGGGAGCACACCACCCCCAGACCGCAUAGCAUGGGCCUGGAAGGAGAACUUCUUGGAGGUGGGGACCCUGGAACGCUAUACAGUGGAGAGGACCAACUCAGGCAGUGGGGUGCUAUCCACGCUCACCAUCAACAAUGUCAUGGAGGCCGACUUUCAGACUCACUACAACUGCACCGCCUGGAACAGCUUCGGGCCGGGCACAGCCAUCAUCCAGCUGGAAGAGCGAGAGGUGUUACCUGUGGGCAUCAUAGCUGGGGCCACCAUCGGCGCGAGCAUCCUGCUCAUCUUCUUCUUCAUCGCCUUGGUAUUCUUCCUCUACCGGCGCCGCAAAGGCAGUCGCAAAGACGUGACCCUGAGGAAGCUGGAUAUCAAGGUGGAGACAGUGAACCGAGAGCCACUUACGAUGCAUUCUGACCGGGAGGAUGACACCGCCAGCGUCUCCACAGCAACCCGGGUCAUGAAGGCCAUCUACUCGUCGUUUAAGGAUGAUGUGGAUCUGAAGCAGGACCUGCGCUGCGACACCAUCGACACCCGGGAGGAGUAUGAGAUGAAGGACCCCACCAAUGGCUAUUACAACGUGCGUGCCCAUGAAGACCGCCCGUCUUCCAGGGCAGUGCUCUAUGCUGACUACCGUGCCCCUGGCCCUGCCCGCUUCGACGGCCGCCCCUCAUCCCGUCUCUCCCACUCCAGCGGCUAUGCCCAGCUCAACACCUAUAGCCGGGCCCCUGCCUCGGACUAUGGCCCUGAGCCCACACCCCCUGGCCCUGCUGCCCCAGCUGGCACUGACACAACCAGCCAGCUGUCCUACGAGAACUAUGAGAAGUUCAACUCCCAUCCCUUCCCUGGGGCAGCUGGGUACCCCACCUACCGACUGGGCUACCCCCAGGCCCCACCCUCUGGCCUGGAGCGGACCCCAUAUGAGGCGUAUGACCCCAUUGGCAAGUACGCCACAGCCACUCGAUUCUCCUACACCUCCCAGCACUCGGACUACGGCCAGCGAUUCCAGCAGCGCAUGCAGACUCACGUGUAGGGGCCAGAGCCUGGCUGGGGCAUCUCUGCGGGGCAGAGGAGAAGGCUUUCACAGCUGUUCCCUGAUAUUCAGGGGCAUUGCUCAUUGCUCCCUUCUCGGACCAGCCUUCUUCCUCCCACCAUGGCAGGUGGGGAGCAGGUCUCCCAGAAACACCCCGUCCUGAGGAUGGUGCUCUGUGCAUGCCCCAGCCUCCUGGGCCUGCCCUUCCCUCUUCUUCGGGAGGAUGUGUCUCUUCUGACCUGCACUCUUGCCUGACCCUAGAAUGGGGACAGGGAAAGUGAAGGUUAGGGAAAGCAGAGGGGGCACUUUUUAGCAUUCCCUUUCUAUCCCACCCCUCUGAUCUCCCAUAAGUGGAAAUGGGGGUACCCAGGGAUGGGCAGGCUUUGGCCUAGGGACAUGAAGUAUGGGAGUGGGUGGCUGUGGCACAGACAGGUGGAAAACGGGAUAGCCUGGCCAGUCCCUCUGUUGUCUGCAAUCGUGCCCUGGGUGCCUCUCUCCUUCCUCAGGGUACUGCAGAAGGGAGCUUGGAUUUAUGUUCGCUCUUGUCUACAGAACAGCCCUGGCACUGCAUUCAAAUCCAGUCUUCAUUCAGCUGGGAUCAAAAUGCCAGUCACCUUGGCUACCCACUGUGGACAGCUGUCUGUCAGCAUGCAGAGGGAUCCAGGAAUCCCCCCGGCAGCACGGCCCGCUUUCCUUCUCCUCCAUGCUGGGCCAGCCAGAUAAGUCAGGGUCCUGGUGGAGAAAGAAAGGCUAGGACCAUGUCCUGAUUGACCCAGAUACUGCUGUGUGCUGCACAGCAGUAAACCAACACUAGAGGGAGCCACACAAGCCUCCUCUCCCCAAUCUGCCCCACUUCCUGGCUUUAACUCUUGAGCUGGUUUGGGGAGUGGUGAGGUAGGGGUGGGGGUGCUGUAGGCUCUUUUUCAAAGAAAACAAAAAACAAUGAAAACCUCAUUUGGGAAGAAAAGCUGUAGGGAUUCCCCCACCCAAAUACAAAGAAAAGCUGUAGGGAUUCCCCCACCCAAAUACAAGUCCCAGUGGAAAGGAAAGGUAGUACCUAUUCUUCUCCAUGGGGUUCCUAACACCCUCCAUUACUCUUUCAGUCUCCAAGCACUUUGAAUCCAUUUUUAAACAUUCAGGUUGCCAGACCUGUCACACAGUGGGCUCCGAUAGGGUUACGGACGGGGCCUGGCUCUCAGUCUCUACUCUCCUAUGUCCCAUCAGUUGGUUGGAGGCCACCUUCCAGGGGGUAUGGGAGACAGGUUUUGGUUUUUAAGUGUCUUUUUUUUUUUCUUGGACCAAUCAGAUUCCUUCUUCCACUUUCA